AUGGCGUCGACUGCUUCGGCUCCCACGUCAAGCCUACGCAUAGCACAGGUUAACUCGUUGAUCUCGCUUCUCAAUCUCAAUACCUCGUCGUUCAACCAUGCCUCUUCUUCGUCCUCGGCACGAGGAUCCAACUACAACUCCAGGCCCGGAUCGGCAGCUGGUCAGAACGAUGUCGCAUCAGGCGGUGGAGGUGCAGACGCAGCCAUCCCAUCCGAACCACCAGUAUGGAAGGUUCUGAUCAUGGACAAGGUGUCCAAAGACAUCCUAGCCACAUCCUUGCGAGUCCAGGAUCUGCGAGAGAACGGCGUUACGUUGCACAUGCAGCUUCACUCGGAUCGGCCCCCAUUGCCAGACGUACCUGCGGUCUACUUUGUUUCGCCCACAUCUCAAAACGUACAACGCAUCGCGCAGGAUAUGAAGAGGAUGUUGUACGAAGCCUUCUACGUCAACUUCACCAGCACGGUACCUAAGACUGUCAUGGAAGAGUUUGCCAAUCUUGUCGCUGCAGAUGGCACAGGUCAGCUUGUGCAGCAGGUGUAUGACCAGUACCUCAACUUUAUCGUGUUGGAGCCCAACCUGUUCGAGCUGCUUCCGGAUGCUGCAUCGGCUUCUGCUGGCUUGGCCAGUGUCACCAACGGUGCAACGACGGCUGCUACGAGCAGCAGCGUAACCACGUACGAACGGCUGAACGACCCAAAGUCGGGUCAGAAGGAGGUCGAAGAUGCUACCGAUCGAAUCGCCGCAGGGCUUUUUUCGACGCUUGCUACCAUGGGAGCGCUUCCGAUCAUCCGAUCGCCUCGAGGCAACGCUGCUGAGCUUGUAGCCAGGAAGCUCGAGUCAAAGAUCCGCGAUCACAUCACCAGCUCUCGUGGCGGCUCAAACCUCUUCUCAGAAGCAGCGGGGAGUGGCGCUUCGUCAAGCUGGAGCUCGUCGCGCCCGCUGCUUGUUGUGCUGGAUCGCAAUGUGGACUUGGUACCAAUGCUUGCGCACAGUUGGACGUACCAAGCUCUCGUGCAGGAUGUACUGGACCUACAACUGAAUCGCGUCACUGUAGUCUCGACCGAAGGCGGCGUGACGAGCAAGAAAACCUACGAUCUCGACUCAAAGGACUUUUUCUGGUCGAAAAAUUCCGCCACGCCUUUCCCGCAGGUGGCUGAGGACAUUGACACAGAGCUCAACAGAUACAAAUCCGAUGCAGCCGAGAUCACGCGUUCCACCGGUAUUAGCAGCAUGGACCAAGUCGGACAGCUCGACACCACGUCGAACGCGGCUCAUCUCAAAGCAGCAAUCACGGCGCUUCCCGAGCUGACGCAGCGAAAAACGACGAUUGAUGCACACAUGAAUAUCGCUACUUCGCUACUCCAAGGCAUCAAGUCUCGAGGACUCGACACUUUGUUCCAGCUGGAAGAGGCGAUUGCACGACAGAAGAAAGAGACCAUCCUCGAAACCGUCAAGGACAGCUCGUUGCAGGAUGUGAACGACAAGCUUCGACUAUUUAUCAUCUACUACCUCUCGGCGCCGGACUCGAGCUUGUCUAAGGCGGACGUGGCAGAGUUCGAACGAGUGUUGCAGGAGCAAGGAGCAGAUCUGGCAGCUUUGAACUACGUGAAAAAGGUACGCGAAUUGACAAGGAUGACCAUGAUUGCUUCGGCACCUUGGCAGCCGGCGGUAGCCGAGGGCGCGGGUUUUCGUGGAUUCAGCUCGCUCUCGUCGCGGCUGACGGAUAGACUGAAAGAUUCGGGCCUGGAAAACCUGGUUCAGGGCGUUAAGAAUUUCUUGCCUGCGCAGAAAGAUCUGACGGUGACCAGGUUGGUGGCAUCGCUGAUCGAUCCGGGUUCGGCGAAUCCGCAGGCGUUGCAGGAGACGGACGAGUAUCUGUUCUUCGAUCCGAAAGCGGCGCGUUCGCGAGCGGCGGCGGCGGCGUCUUCGGGAGGCGUCAAAGCCAGGCAGACUUUCCAAGAGGCCAUCGUCUUUGUGGUCGGUGGAGGCGGGUAUGUUGAGUUUGCGAACUUGCAAGAGUAUGCCAUCAGGACAGCCAUCGCCAGUGGCGCUACAACCCAGACGGCUGCAACAGCGACAGGCGCCGCUCCAGGCGCACCGCCAUCCAUCUCAGCCACCGCUUUCGGUGCUAAGAAAAUCACUUAUGGCGCCACCGAGAUCUUGAAGCCGAUCGAGUUCCUCAGCGCUCUAGCGCAUUUGGCCGGCGGACAAGUGGCCAAAAGUGCAUCCACGCGUGCUGCACCUGCCGCUGCGGCUGCUAAAUAG